AUGAUGAGCCCCUCGGAGGUCAUGGCAGCAGAAAUAUCAUGUCUGACAGGUGUUGAUACAGAUGACAAGGAUGCGGACCCUGAGAUCAACGCUCUCAUGCUCAUGCAAGAGCCGCUGAGAAUGACCUCCUGCACUGAUGCCUUCAGCAAGUCUUUGGGACAGCCGAACGGUGUCCUCGAUGUUCUUUCCAGUGAAGAUAUGUUAUCCCCAGUUGGUUUGGGUAAUGGACCUUCUGUGCAUCAGCCAACCGAGGCUCAUGAACUCAACAGCUUUUCCAAUGAUAAGGAGGAGGAAAAGAACAUUACACCACUUAAAACUGUGCAGGAAAUUGGUGUCAUGGAGACUCUCCUGGAGAGGAACCUAAAGAAGAAGCCCUGUUACCUGAUCGCCCAAAGAGACGGAAACGGAAAAUGGACAUGGUUGUAA